AGAGGCGCGGAGGAGCGCGGGGCCGCCGCCACGGGGCGCUAGGAGCGUACAGGAAAAUGGGGCGAAAUAGAGCUUGGUGUGCGUGUGUGUGUAAAUCAGGAGGCGUUUGGCUCGGAGCCAUUUUUUCUUCUUCUUCUUAAUUGUGGAGAGAGAAGAUCCCUUAAAACGGUUUCCCGGGGAGACGGGGCUGUGCUCCUCCUCUUCCUCCCACCCCCACCCGCAGCGUGCGGACGGAGUGGAUUUCCCCCCUGCCCCUGCCCCUGCCCCUGCCCCUGCCCACCUUCCGUCCUCCAGGCUGUGCCCUCCCUUCCCGCCCCACCUCGGCGAAGCCCCGAGCGUGCGGGGCGUCUGCAGAGCGGCCCGGUCACCUGUCGUGGCAGCUGCAUGGAAACGCUGGCGCUUCUGCUGUCUGGUCUGUACGGUUUCCUCUGGCAAAUCAACGGAGAUUCCGCUCAGAAUACCAACCCUUCCUCUUUUCCCUGCGCUUAAAAACAAAGUGCAUGAUGCUGGCUCUGAAGUUGGACCCGCUUGGGCCAGCAGCAGGGAGAGGUGUCUGACUUUUCCUCGCCACAUCACUUCAAGGUUGGAAAGAUUUGUAAGACUCCAGGGCCUUCAAGCUGUGAUUCAUCAGAUGGUUUCUGAAAUGACUGGGAAGACGGACGCUUUGGUGCCCAUCGAAGAGCAUAUGUCUGUGUAUAUCUAAGACCUUCUUUGUACACAUACACGUUUACACGAGAAGACAGGCUCAUUCUCGUGCACACUUGAAGAGUUUUACAACUGAUGAAAAUUAAUUUAAGAAUCAGAUGGAGCAACUUGAUACUACUGGGCUCAGGAGCCCGGGGAGAAAAAUAUGUCACUAAUGGUCAGUUUUCCACAUGGUCUUCACGGGUAAAGAAAGUUUGCAAAAAGAAGAAAAAAAAAACUUGCACAGUUCAAGCCUCAAAAAUACCUCUCCAGUUUAAAGAAGAAACUAAGUGAGAAGGUGGCCAGGGGAGAAGUGUGGUUUCAAGCAGCACAGGCAGGAUCAUGCAGUGGGUUUUGCACUUUAUUUUCCAGUGGUUUUGGUGAUUUGGACAGACUUCAAACCCCUAGACUGAAAAGUAACUCUGGCUGUAUAUAUGACUUCAGGAAUGCAAGGUCAGGUGUGUUGGGACAAAUUUGAACAAUGAACUGGUUCCUUUGCCUUUUUCAGUUAACUGUAUUAACUGUAUUCUUGAAAUUUUAAUUUAUGAUUUCCCUUUUCCUUUCCCGUAUCUAUAGGAUAAUAUUUUAAAGUAGUAGUUGAAACCAAUAUUUACAAAAUAAAUAUCAAGGAACAUCCAAGCAAAGCUUCUUUUCCCUUGGACUGUACAUGUGGCAUUUGGAAGCAGUCUCUGAAUGUGAGCAGGAGAGCGCCCAUCAGCAGAACAUGCUGACUCUUUAAGGAAACAGUGUGGAAGAACCCGACUCUUGCCUGUAUUUUUAUUUUAAGGGAUUCUCUUCCCUUUUGAGGCCAAGAAGACUUGCAUAUAGGAGGAAGAGUACUUGUUGGACUUAAUUCUGCGAUUAGUCUUUUUAUUAAAGAUGGAAAAAAUAUGUGAUCCUUAGGAGCAGAAAGGGGAGAAGCCAAUAGAGGAGGUUAGGAAAGAGACGGGUAAAAGAGACAAAAUCCUGUAGUGAGGCUUGGUUUUGUCAGCAAGAGGAUUUAGGAUUCACCCAAGGCAAACACUUUUGCCACUUAAAGAGCUUUAGAACCUUCUGGUUCUGCAAGUGAAGGGGUUUUCUCUCUCUGCCUCUAUGGCACCAAGGAGUGCAUCGGUCUGUGGAGGGCCAGUCAGAUGGAGCCCCACUCUCCCUCAGGACACAGUAGCCUGCCUGCUGGGAAGCCAGGACAGGCCCUGAGGUGGGAAGUUUCUGGUUCUGAACAGUGGGGAGAGUCUUUUUUUCUUCCUGAACUUGGACUGCUGUCUGCACAAACUCUGGUCUGUUUUGCACGGUUUGUGUGCCUUUUUUUCCCUUUAUGCAAUCUUUUUCAGCUUCAGCAGCAGAAAUUUGUCUAGUUGAGAAAACAUGCCAGAGGGUGGUUUCAGAAGGAAGAUGAUCCCACGUGUUCAGUCUCUGCAUCUGAACUUUUGAAGAGGAAAUUCCAGCUCGAGGGAUUCUUUAAAGCCUUAAGUUACUUGAAAUCUAUGUAUUUGCAACCCUUUGUCUCUGGAAUCAUAUUACACUAAACUGGAAUCUCAGGCUGAAUGAGAAUAACCAAGUUGAGUGAAAAGAAGAAAACCCCGUUUCUUGGUCAGCAAGUGUUAAUGACGUUCUUCCUCUAAGGACUUGAAAAUAAAAAUGGACGCAUGUUGUUUUUAAAGCAUUCCCUUUUCCUAGCAGACUGCCAUCAUCUUUUCUAGAGGAAUUUUUUCACUAUGCAUUUGGUGGAUCUUUAUACAAUACUGACCUUGUAAUUAGGGGUCAGUCUUAAUUAAAAGGGGUCUGGGAAGACGACACAAGCCAACCACAAAAAUUAAAUCAGUCAAGUUGGUCAGUGAAAAGAAUUGGUUUCUCGGCAUUCAGCAUUACUUUUUAAAUAAAACAGUUAACUGAAAAAAAGUAUGUAUGCAGCGGUGGAACAUGGGCCUGUCCUUUGUAGUGACUCCAAUAUCCUCUGCCUGUCCUGGAAGGGGCGCGUGCCCAAGAGCGAGAAGGAGAAGCCCGUGUGCCGCAGGCGCUACUAUGAGGAGGGCUGGCUGGCCACAGGCAAUGGCCGGGGCGUUGUUGGGGUGACCUUCACCUCCAGCCACUGCCGCCGGGACCGGAACACUCCACAGCGGAUAAACUUCAAUCUGCGGGGUCACAAUAGCGAGGUUGUGCUGGUGAGGUGGAAUGAGCCAUACCAGAAGCUGGCCACGUGUGAUGCAGAUGGAGGGAUAUUUGUGUGGAUUCAGUACGAAGGGAGGUGGUCUGUGGAAUUGGUCAACGACCGAGGGGCUCAGGUGAGUGAUUUCACGUGGAGCCAUGAUGGGACUCAAGCACUUAUUUCAUAUCGAGAUGGGUUUGUCCUGGUUGGUUCUGUCAGCGGACAAAGACACUGGUCAUCUGAAAUCAACUUGGAAAGUCAAAUCACAUGUGGCAUAUGGACUCCUGAUGACCAACAGGUGCUGUUUGGCACGGCUGAUGGGCAGGUGAUCGUCAUGGACUGUCAUGGCAGGAUGCUGGCCCACGUCCUCCUGCACGAGUCUGAUGGCAUCCUCAGCAUGUCCUGGAACUACCCUGCCUUCCUGGUGGAGGACAGCAGUGAGAGCGACACCGACUCGGACGACUACUCCCCGCCCCAAGAUGGUCCAGCAGCAUAUCCCAUCCCGGUGCAGAACAUCAAGCCUCUGCUCACUGUCAGCUUCACCUCGGGGGACAUCAGCUUGAUGAACAACUAUGAUGACUUGUCUCCUACUGUCAUCCGCUCGGGGCUGAAAGAGGUGGUGACCCAGUGGUGCACACAGGGAGACCUCUUGGCCGUCGCUGGUAUGGAACGGCAAACUCAGCUUGGUGACCUCCCCAAUGGCCCACUUCUGAAGAAUGCUAUGGUCAAGUUCUACAAUGUCCGGGGGGAACACAUCUUCACUCUGGACACGCUUGUGCAACGCCCCAUCGUCUCCAUCUGCUGGGGACACCGGGACUCGCGGCUGCUGAUGGCUUCGGGACCAGCCCUAUAUGUGGUGCGCGUGGAGCACCGUGUGUCCAGCCUGCAGCUGCUGUGCCAGCAGGCCAUCGCCAGCGCCCUUCGAGAAGACAAGGACGUCAGCAAGCUGACGUUGCCCCCCCGCCUUUGCUCUUACCUCUCCACCGCCUUCAUCCCUACCAUCAAGCCCCCAAUUCCAGAUCCCAACAACAUGAGAGACUUUGUCAGCUACCCCUCCGCGGGCAAUGAGCGUCUGCACUGUACCAUGAAGCGCACGGAGGAUGACCCAGAGGUGGGCGGUCCGUGCUACACCCUCUACCUGGAGUACCUGGGUGGGCUCGUGCCCAUCCUCAAGGGGCGGCGCAUCAGCAAGCUGCGGCCAGAGUUCGUCAUCAUGGAUCCCCGGACAGAUAGCAAAUCAGAUGAAAUCUACGGAAACAGCUUGAUCUCCGCCAUGCUGGACAGCUGCAACUGCUCGGACUCCAGUGACGUAGAACUGAGUGACGACUGGGCUGCCAAGAAAUCCCCCAAAAUCUCCCGAGCUAGCAAGUCACCCAAACUCCCAAGGUUGCAAGAUUCUUUAUGUAUUCUAUCUGUGAAUCUUUUGGCAGAGAUACCAACUGCCACGAUCAACAUUGAGGCCCGCAAGUCUCCCAAGCUAUCCCGGGCUGCUCAGGAGAUGUCCCGGUCUCCCCGGUUGCCAAUGCGCAAGCCCUCCAUUGGCUCGCCCAGCCUGACUCGAAGAGAGUUUCCCUUUGAAGACAUCACUCAGCACAACUAUCUUGCUCAGGUCACGUCUAAUAUCUGGGGAACCAAGUUUAAGAUUGUGGGGUUGGCUGCUUUCCUGCCAACCAACCUCGGUGCAGUAAUCUAUAAAACCAGCCUCCUGCAUCUCCAGCCGCGGCAGAUGACCAUCUAUCUCCCAGAGGUCCGGAAGAUUUCCAUGGACUAUGUUAAUUUACCUGUCUUCAACCCAAAUGUUUUCAGUGAAGACGAAGAUGAUUUACCAGUGACGGGAACAUCUGGUGUACCUGAGAACAAUCCACCCUGCACCGUGAACAUCCCUAUAGCACCCAUCCACAGCUCAGCGCAAGCCAUGUCCCCCACUCAGAGCAUAGGCUUGGUACAGUCCCUGCUGGCCAAUCAGAAUGUGCAGCUGGAUGUCCUGACCAAUCAGACCACUGCAGUAGGGACAUCUGAGCACGGAAGUGACAGCACUACCCAGUACCCAAUCUCCAACCGCUACUCCAACCCUGGCCAGGUGAUCUUCGGAGGUGUGGAGAUGGGCCGCAUCAUCCCGAACCCUGCUCAGUUGUCCCUGCCGCCGCCGGCACAGGGGGCGAUCCAGCUGUCGGUGGUGGACCAUGGAGACCGAGACCAUGACCACCUGCAGAAGGCUGCCAAGGCCCUGCGGCCAGUGGCUCAGCUGGCUGCCGAAGGGGACGCAGUGGUGUUCAGUGCCCCACAGGAGGUCCAGGUGGCGAAGAUGAACCCUCCACCUCCCUACCCGGGAACCAUCCCCGCUGCCCCAACCACAGCAGCACCCCCACCCCCGCUGCCGCCCCCGCAGCCCCCAGUGGACACGUGCCUGAAGAAGGGUGACUUUUCACUGUACCCCACAGCGGCACACUACCAGACGCCCCUGGGCUAUGAGAGGAUCACCACCUUUGACAGCAGCGGCAACGUGGAAGAGGUGUGCCGGCCUCGGACGCGGAUGCUCUGCUCCCAGAACACCUACACUCUCCCCGGCCCUGGCAGUUCAGCCACCCUGAGGCUCACUGCCACUGAGAAGAAGGUCCCCCAACCCUGCACCAGUGCAACCCUGAACCGCUUGACAGUCCCACGCUACUCCAUCCCGACAGGAGACCCACCCCCGUACCCCGAAAUCGCUGGCCCGCUCAUGUCCGGCCGGGGCGCUGCCCAGAGGCCUGACAGUCUCAUCCACGCCACGCUGCGCAGGAACAACCGUGAGGUGGCGCUCAAGGCAGCGCAGCUGGCCGAGCCUCCGCGGGCCCCGCCGCAGCACCCGCCCAAGCCCAAGGGCGCGGCGCAGUUCCCGGCGCGGCCCCCGCCCGCCCUGUAUACCUGCAGCCAGUGCAGCAGCGGUGGCAGCGCGGGGCGGCCCGAGCCGGGCGCGGGUACGGGGGGCGUGCAGCCGGGAUCAGGCCUGGCACACGCCGCCAGCACCUCACCCCUGACCUCGCAGUCAUCCUACAGCCUUCUGAGCCCGCCGGAUGGAGGCCGCGACCGCGCCGACUACGUUAACUCGGCCUUCACUGAGGAUGAGGCACUGGCCCAGCACUGUCCGGUAGAGAAGCCCUUGAGGCACCCCACGCUGAGCGAAGCUGCUGUGGCCGUGAAACGGCCACCCCCUUACCAGUGGGACCCUGUGCUGGGGGAGGACAUUUGGGUCCCUCAGGAAAGGACAGCCCAGACUGCAGUGCCCCACCCCCUGAAACUGUCCCCUCUUAUAGUAGGUCAGAGCCAGCACCUGGACGUGUCCCGAGUGCCCUUUGUCUCGCCGAAGUCUCCCGCCAGUCCUACUGCCACGUUCCAAACAGGCUAUGGGAUGGGAAUGCCGUAUCCAGGAAGCUAUAACGCACCCCCUAUGCCAGGAGUGCAGACUCCCUGCUCCCCAAAAGAUGCCCUGUCCCCAACGCAGUUUGCACCACAGGAGUCCACAGUGGUCCUACAGCCAGCCUACCCACCCAGCCUCUCCUACUGCACCUUGCCCCCCAUGUAUCCAGGAAGCAGCACCUGCUCAAGUUUACAGCUGCCACCUAUCGCCUUGCACCCCUGGAAUUCCUACAGCCCUUGCCCGCCUGUGCAGAACCCCCAGGGCACUCUGCCCCCCAAGGCACACUUGGUGGUGGAGAAGCCCCUCGUGUCCCCACCGCCCACCGACCUCCAAAGCCACUUGGGUACAGAGGUGAUGGUAGAGACCACAGACAACUUCCAAGAAGUCCUCUCCCUGACAGAAAGUCCAGUCCCCCAGCGGACAGAGAAGUUCGGAAAGAAGAACCGGAAACGCCUGGACAGCCGUGCCGAGGAAGGAAAUGUUCAGGCCAUCACUGAGGGCAAAGUGAAGAAGGAGGCAAGGACUUUGAGUGACUUUAAUUCCCUGAUCUCCAGCCCCCGCCUGGGGAGGGAGAAGAAGAAAGUGAAGAGUCAGAAAGACCAACUGAAGUCAAAGAAAUUGAAUAAGACGAAUGAGUUCCAGGACAGCUCCGAGAGCGAGCCUGAGCUGUUCAUCAGCGGGGAUGAGCUGAUGAACCAGAGCCAGGGCAGCAAGAAAGGCUGGAAGAGCAAGAGGAGCCUGAGGACGGCCAGUGAGCUAGAAGAGUUCAAGUGCCGGAAAGCCAGUGAGAAGGAAGAUGGGCGGCUGGGCAGCCAGGGCUUCGUGUACGUCAUGGCCAACAAGCAGCCUCUCUGGAAUGAGGCCACCCAGGUGUACCAGCUGGACUUCGGGGGGCGGGUGACCCAGGAGUCGGCAAAGAACUUCCAGAUUGAGCUGGAGGGGCGGCAGGUGAUGCAGUUUGGGAGGAUUGAUGGCAACGCGUACAUUUUAGACUUCCAGUACCCCUUCUCAGCUGUGCAGGCCUUCGCAGUUGCCCUGGCCAACGUGACCCAGCGCCUGAAGUGAAAAGACUGGUGUCGGGUGAAGAGAGAAGCCUAGUCAGCGAUGAUGCUUGAGGAGUCACCCGGGGCCCCAGGUGAUUGGGGCCAGAAGACACGGACAAAACUGGAAAAAUCUGUCAGGCCCGGGAGACAGACUGACCUUUAGUUGUUGUUGUUUGUUUGGGCUUUUAUAAUCCUUUGUUUCUCUUCUUCUUUUUUUUUAAAAAAAAAAACAAAACAAAAAAAAAAACGAAAGAAUACAGAAGUGUGGUAUGUGGAAGCAAAGGGUGCAAGGCACCUGGUGUUCUUUAGGAAACGUAGUUGCUGUGGUAAUGUCCCACUGUGUGUGCUUCUGUCAGAUGCCAGGACAAGGGGCCCUUUGGAAGGAAGGUGGACCACCUUCCCGCCUGCUGUUCUUUGAGACUAGGGAGUGUGCAUUAUUUUCAUUCUCCACACAUCUAGCUUUAUGACUCGUUCUUACCAUAACCACUAGUGUGGAAAAAAAAAAAAAAAAAAACUCUUUAAAAAAAAAAAAGACAACCAAAAGUCCCAAAGGUACAGGUUCUCAUAGGGGGCCAUUUCAUUCACGUUUGUAAUGUUACUUCCCCAAAGGUGACUUGACCAAUGAUGGGUAUUGUGGCAAAUGCCCUGUGUUUAACUAGUAGGAGUAGGCUUUGUACAGGGGUGCUCUGACCAGGUAUAAACAGAAUUUGCUCGUGCCGAUGGGGCGGGGUGGCAGAUAAGGAAGGAGCUCCUGCACAUGGACACGUGGGUGGUUUACACAGUGUGACUUAAAAUAGUACAAGGGCUGUGCUUCCCUUUGGAGGAUGUUUACAUUGAAGACUCCACCCUGACAAUCCUAUGUCAGGAUUCCAUAGAUUCAGUGGUGAUUGCCUUCGGGAGAAGGCAAGAGACAAAAUGGAAAGAUCCUGGCAUGUGGUGAGGUAGCGACCUUGUCACCUAGUGCCCUGGUGAGUCACUAGGUGCUCACUCUCUGAAAAGCAGCCUUGUCCCCUUCCCCUUUUAUUGUUUAAUCUGGAAAGUGUGGCAGAAGACCUGGUCUCUCACAGUGGGUAAGGGUAUCGCCACACUUUCUCUCUCUAAAAAUGCUGAGGAUACUGAUUUGAAAGCACGCCUUUCUUCUCAGCCAAAUUAAAAUUCAGUUGACCAGAAAUGUUUUCUUAUAGUUUAGAAAUGUAACAAAAUUGUAAGCAUUUGCCAGGGUAUUAAAACACAGAGGUAUAGUCAUCUCUUUGAAAAAAAGUCCCUCAAUUAUAUCUAGGAGGAAAAAGUGUUCUUUAUUAACUGUACAGACUGUUCACUGAGGAGAUAAGCCACUGGGAACACAUUAUUAAAAUUAUAGUACUUUAGAUAGCUGGUUGAUUUAAAAAAAAAAAAAAAAAAAAACAGAAAAUCCCCUGAGGUGAUCUUUUCCCUCCUCCUCCUCCUCCUCC